GCAUUUGGAGUGUUUGGGAUGUUUUGAUUUGAAUUCGUAUAGAUAGAAAAAAUAUAUAUAUAUGAGAGAGAUGAGUGUUUUUUGUAGAUGGUAAUAAAAUAUAGAGAGUGUUUUUUGAAGUGUAAAUUGUAAAUAAAAUAGUAGAUAAUUUAUAGGUGAAGUUGAAUGUGUUUAAAUUUUAAAAAAUAAUUUUUUUUUAUUUGUUAAACGGUCAAUAGACCGUUCCACCAAAAUCCACCCGUUACAAAAAGAAAGGUUUUGAUCCGUCGUCUCGUCCCGUAUCCAGAGCCACGUCACACGCACCGCACGGGAGUUGGGGUGGUGUUCACACGUGGAAAUAGCCCCAUCCCGGAUAGCCUAAUUGGGAUAUCGUUAUCCCCCAGUCUUGUUGACCCAUCUAGUUAAGGCGGCUGAUUGGGUCGAGUCAAAAAUACGAUCCAAAAAGUAGAACGACACAUUCACCCAUAAAAACGCCGGCAAGCCAACUUGAUGAUCAGCUUUAGACAUAUGGCUGUUGCAGUUACCAAUUUGGGUCUUCCACUAGCUGUUUCAUGUCUCUUCAUACUUACACUUUGCCAGAUUUCUCAGGCGCAUUUCAACAAACACAAACACAUUGCGCUCUUCGUUUUCGGUGAUUCGCUAUACGAUCCUGGAAACAACAACUACAUAAACACAACUCCAGAAUUCCAGGCGAAUUUUUUUCCGUAUGGCGAAUCAUACUUCAAUCCUCCAAGUGGAAGAUUCUCCGAUGGUCGUCUCAUCCCUGAUUUCGUCGCCGAGUUAGCGAAACUGCCGCUCAUUCCUGCGUAUCUCAAUCCCCGGAAUAAGGAAUUUGUGUAUGGAGCAAACUUUGCGUCGGGAGGCGCUGGUGUGUUAGUCGAAAGCCAUGCUGGAUUUGUAGUUGACCUAAAAACACAGCUACAGUAUUUCCGCGAUUUAGAGAAACAAUUUAGACAGAAUUUAGGCGAUUCGGAAGCCGAACAGCUGUUAUCCGAUGCCGUCUACUUGUUCAGCUGCGGAGGCAACGACUAUCUGAGCCCCGUCGGCAACAACGAGAGUAUUCUUUAUCCAUAUACACAUGAAGAGUACGUGGGAAUGGUGAUCGGAAACUUGACUGAUGCGUUCAAGGGGAUCCAUGAAAGAGGAGGAAGGAAAAUUGGAAUCGUUACAGUCCCGCCAAUAGGGUGUUGGCCAAGCGUUCGUGCAGGACGACCAGACAAUACUUGCAGUGAAGAAAUUGACAUCAUCGUAAGUCUACACAACCAGGAACUUUCACAGAAACUUCAAGAGCUCGAGAACCAAUUGGAAGGAUUCAAGUAUGCAAAGUAUGAUCUCAAUACAGCCAUUAGGAAAAGGAUGAAGAACCCACCAAAAUAUGGUUUCAAGGUAGGAGACACUGCGUGUUGUGGUAGUGGUCCUUUUGGUGGGAUUUAUACUUGUGGAGGGAAAAGAGGAGUGAAGGAGUUUAAAUUGUGUAAAAAUGCUAGUGAUUAUUUUUUCUUUGAUUCUAAUCAUCCUAAUGAAGUGGCGAGCCGACAAUUCGCAAAUAUGUUUUGGAACGGUGAUUCUAGUGUCACGUCGCCAUACAAUCUAAAAGCCUUGUUUAAAGGAAAACAAUUGCCAACUUCCUCGGGCAAAUUAGAUCUUUGAGACAGAGUCGAGUGUGCUUUGUUGUAUACCACAGGUUUUGACAAAGGGUUGGAGUUUUUAUAUGUUAUAAAAAUAAAGUUAUAAACAAAAUUUGUUAAGGAGUAGAAGAUUGUGGUGGACAGAAAGUCAUGGCCUUUCCUUCAAUCAUAACCAAACUUCAAAAGACGUGACACGUUCAACAACUAUUGGCUUCCAUCGCU